UAAAUCAGCUAAGAUUAAUGACGUGAUUGGUAUAUUCAGUCGGUAUAUAUAUAACAAUUUUAUUAGUUCUCUACCAUAUUCCCCUCAAGGAGUCUCUUUAUAUGAAGGAUUUUUUUUUCUAAAAAGGUACAUAUUUAAAGAAUGAAUUCCAAGGAAGAAGUGAAAUGCAGAAAGAAGAGGAUCCCCCUCAGCAACACAGAAAUCUGGCUCAUUGCCUUUUUGGUUAUGUUUAUAUGUAUUUGUAUUGGAUUAAUUGUAUUCGCAUGGAUUAUGUUAAAGGACCAACCUGCAGAUUAUGUCACAUGUGAUCCUGGAGAUAGCUACAAUGUAAGUGGAUCAUUCAAAAUAGUGUCUGGUGCAGCAUAUACAUCCAGCAUGCAAAAUCGGAACUCAUCAGACUUCAAAAUCCUUGCAUUCGACAUGCAACAGCUGAUUUAUGAAGUAUUUUUAGGAGGUCAGCUAAUGCGUGAAUUUAAGACAGCAGAAAUUUUGGAAUUGAGGGAUGGCAGUGUUGUUGUUGUUUUCAUUCUGCAUUUUACACAAGGGAUACCCGCCGAAGAUAUCCAGAGUGAACUUGUUCUUGGGAUUGAGGGAAAUCAUUCUGAGCUCACAAAGACAUUUGUAAUUGAUACAAACAGUGUAAUAAUAACAGAUGUUCUUCCAGCUACAACAUCAAGACCCAGCACAACUGCAGCUGCAGUGCAGUGUGAAGCCUUUCAGAAGAUUUGUGCAGAUUUUGUGACUUGCAUACAAGAGGACCUGUUUUGUGAUGGAGUGGCUGAUUGCCCGGAUGGCUCAGAUGAACACAGCAAAACCUGUGAAACCGCGUGUGAUGGUCAAUUUUUAUUAUAUGGGAGUUCUGGAAGUUUUCAUUCACAAAAUUUCCCACAGCUCUAUGAGUCAGACCUUUUCUGUCGCUGGAUAAUAAGUGUUAAUGAUGGUUUCAGCAUUAAAAUCAACUUCACGUCAUUUGAAACAGAAAUAUUUUCAGAUGUUUUAAAUAUCUAUGAAGGGAUUGGACCAAACAAGAUUUUAAGAGCAUCACUUUCGGGAACAGCGCCUGGUACCGUACGGAUAUUUUCAAAUCAGGCAACAGUUGAGUUUGCAACAGAUUAUAUUUUAAACCAUAAAGGUUUUGAAGCAAUUUACACAAUAUUUAAUGAGAGCACUGUCACAAAUGAAGAAAAAAUUGACUGCAACUUUGAAGACGGGUUAUGUUUCUGGGUUCAAGAUAUUAAGGAUGAUGCUGAAUGGGAAAGAGUUAAUGGGCCAACAUUUCCGCCAAUGUCUGGACCCGAUAAUGACCAUACAAUUGGAAACGAGUCUGGUUACUACUUAUCAACACCAACUGGACCAGGAAUCCGUCAAAGAGUUCGACUCCUUAGUCUUCCCUUAGUGCCGAGAUCAGAACCAUCGUGUCUCAGUUUUUGGUAUCACAUGUAUGGCACCAAUGUUUUCCGUUUAAGUGUUCUUGUUAUUUUUGCAAAUGACUCAGAGGAAGUAAUGUUUCAGAAGGAAGGAAAUUACGGGCAAAAUUGGAAUCAUGGUCAGGUGACGUUAAAUGAAACCUCCGAAAUAGUGGUUGCUUUUGAUGCUAUUAGGAAUCAAGGCUUCAGUGACAUAGCAAUAGACGACAUUGGACUGCUUAUUGGAAGCUGUAAUGAAAGUGCUUAUCCAGAACCAACUCGUGUCCCCACUCUUCCCACGACUACAACAGCUCCCACAGAUUGUGGUGGACCUGUUGAACUAUGGGAACCAAACAAUACAUUCAGUUCUUUGAACUAUCCUGAGAACUAUCCAAACCGAGCUUCAUGUGUAUGGUACCUGAAUGCUGCUAUAGGAAAAAAUAUUCAGCUUCAUUUCCAAGAUUUUAUCCUAGAAAACAUCUAUGAUGUUGUUGAAGUUAGAGACGGAAGAGGCGGAAAUUCAUUGUUGCUUGCUGUUUACACAGGAAGUAAUCCAGUAGAGGACGUCUUCUCUACAACCAAUGAAAUGACAGUUUAUUUCACUUCUGAUUCGUCUACAACGGCCAAAGGAUUUUUGGCAAACUUUACUACAGGCUAUGGGCUUGGUAUGCCAGAGCCGUGCAACAUAACAGCAUUUCAGUGUGGAAGUGGGGAGUGUGUGCCGAUUACCAGUGUCUGCGAUAAACACCAAGACUGCAAGGACGGUUCAGAUGAAACAAAAUGCGUUCGUCUCUCCAAUGGAAGCUCCGAUGGUCUGGUUCAGUUCCGCCUUCAAGACGAGUGGUACACAGCAUGUGCAGACCACUGGACUGAAGAGCUUUCUAAUAAUACAUGCUACCAAUUAGGACUAGGGAGUGCGAAUACAACGUCAUCUGUACCAUCAGGAGGAAAUGGAUCAUUUGUUAUAGUAGUUCAAGCAGAGGAUGGAAGCUGGAACCUUCAGCCAAGCGACCAGUGUGGCAGCCAGUCCGUUAUUCACAUUCAGUGCAAUUAUAGAGAAUGCGGGGAGCGACUUUUAGACAAUGAGAAUUCCAAGAUAGUGGGUGGAACUGAUGCAGCUUUAGGAGCAUGGCCGUGGAUCGUCUCCCUGUAUUACAAUAACAGACAGACGUGUGGGGCAUCUCUUAUGAACGAAGAAUGGCUCGUAUCAGCCGCACAUUGUGUCUAUGGAAGGAACCUUAUACCGUCAUUGUGGAAAGCUGUGCUCGGACUACACGAUAGCCUGAAUGUGACAAGUCCAACGACGGUAACGCUGGUGAUUGAUCAAAUUGUCAUAAACCCGCACUAUAACAGGAGAACAAAAGACAGUGAUAUAGUGAUGAUGCAUCUACAGUUUAAAGUCAAUUAUACGGAUUAUAUACAGCCAAUAUGUCUACCAGAAAGUCACCAGGAGUUCCCGUCUGGAAUGAACUGUUCGAUUGCAGGUUGGGGUAGAAUUCAAAGUCAAGGUCCCAUUCCAAACAUAUUACAAGAAGCAGAGGUGCCUCUUAUAUCUAAUGAGAAAUGCCAAGUACAAAUGCCCGAAUACAACAUUACUCGGAAUAUGAUAUGCGGUGGUUAUGAUCACGGAGGAAUAGACACAUGUCAGGGCGAUUCUGGGGGCCCCCUGAUGUGUCUCCUGAAUGAGAGAUGGGUUUUAGUAGGAGUGACCUCAUUUGGAUAUGGAUGCGCACAACCAAAUCGCCCUGGAGUUUAUGUCCGAGUCGAACAGUUUACUCAAUGGAUUCAAAACAUUCUAAACUGAAGAAAUUGUCAAAUGGCGGUCUACUGGGUGUUCUUGGAGUUUUACUGUAAAUAAUGAAUGAAUAUGUGUUGAUGAUGUUUUAAAAUACCAGUGUUAGGUCAAUCAGUCUUAAGUUGUUUGUCAUAAUUACACAGAGUGCUUUUUUAAUUCAUACAAAAAUUGUAUCUCACUGCUUGCGAAAAACCAACGAAACACUUUAUUAAAUGUG